AUGGAUUCGACACUAGAAAGAAAAUUUGUGCUUGCAGCCUUGUUCGUCUUGGCACUGUUGGCUUUACAGGCCACGUCUCGGCAGCUCCAAGAAGCGUCCAUGUACGAUAGGCACGAGCAAUGGAUGGAGAAGCACGGGCGUGUUUACAAGGAUGCUGCGGAGAAAGAGAGGCGCUUCAACAUAUUCAAGGACAAUGUGAAGUUCAUAGAGACCUUUAACCGAGCCAGCAAUAGGCCUUACAUCCUGGGUAUUAAUCGGUUUGCAGACCUGACCAACGAAGAAUUCAAGGCUUCUAGGAAUGGGCACAAGAUCUCUUCGCAUCCCAGGCCAUCCAAGUCCAUACCAUUUAAGUACCAGAACGUAACUGCAGUGCCAUCCACUAAGGACUGGAGGAAGGGGGGAGCUGUCACCGCCAUCAAGGACCAAGGCCAGUGUGAGGGUGCAAAGUAUUGGCUGGUGAAGAACUCGUGGGGAACUAGUUGGGGAGAGGAGGGUUAUAUCAGAAUGCAGAGAGGCAUUGGUGCUAAGGAAGGCCUUUGUGGGAUUGCCAUAGAUGCUUCCUAUCCUACUGCGUAA